GAACUCGGUCAAAUUACUCGAGUACCGAAAGUUCGGAACGUCAAUUAUUUUUUUAUAAAUUUCUUCAUUUAUUUUCGCCGCAAAAUACAAUGGAUAUUGAACGUUUAACGAAGGCAGUAGAGCAAGAAUAUUAUCGUCUUAAAGAAUUCAAGAAACAAGAAGCAGACGAGGAGGUUAAGGUAUAAAAAAUGCGAUGUUUUUCAACUUGCCCUAAAUAUAAAUAUAUUGCACGUGUAUAGUUCUCGCGGGAGAAUUAAAUUUCAAGUUGGUGAAGUUUUGCAUACAGUAGUCGGUAGAUUUUUUUAUUUGAACUUAGUUUUAUAGUACAUAGUUCCCCAUUUUAACUCGUACAAUUUAGGUAUAAAUGAAAUUGGUUGAUUUUAAAUUACUAUAAAUGUACAAUUUACGCAUUGGUAGCGGGAAAAGUUUGUGUUUGGGGAGGCUAAUUUUUCAGCUAAGUAAUUUUGGGACUAGUUUCCACCCAACUAGGUUCGGGGGAGGGGGGGGGGGUGCUGUAACAUCCGCCCAGUCGUCAGGUGGUCGGCAAAAUAUUGAAUCCAUAGAUAUUGAGGAAUUUCAGCUGAUUAUGUAGUGUUUUUAAUGUGUUGAGUGCAUGAGAAGCGCAAAGUUUGAAACAGGCAUAGGAGUGAUAGCUAAAAUGCGGAGAAAUUUACGAAAAAAUCUGGGGAAAAUGGAACGAAGAACAAUGGUUAAUUAAACACAAAAUAAGAUUGAGAAAUAUGUUUACCGCUGCUACCUGCUUGUCAACAAUUGCCUUGAUAACAAAAUUCACUUACACCCCCCACCAUUCAAAGAGGUCUAGUGCCGCCCCUGGACGCAACUGUGACAGCAGUAGCAUACUCCCCCGGAAAUACUUGAAAAAUUGAGGCUCGAAAAUGGCAUUUCCUGCACUUUUUGGCACCGAGUUAAAGAAUUUGGAUGGCAAAAAAUGCUACCAAAAAUUGCUUCCUAAUUCAGGUUUUGUUGGUCAAUUUGGAUAAAUUGGUGGAGGCUAAAAUCCCAGCAAAUUAUUUUGAACUGUCUGGCAAUGGAAAAAGCUCACAUUUUUAAACACAACAUAUACAACUUGAUCUAUUUUUAGGCCUUGGCUAGCCCCCUGUCAAUAUUGCAGCAAGUUUAAAUUCUCUUACUGUAAGGAAUAUUUCAAUGACCUGAUCAUUGGGGGCAUCCCCCCUUGAUCUGCUGCCCCUGAAUUUACUGUAUAACAUUAAACACUUUAUAUUGACAGGAACCUUGACCUAAUACAUGUAUCUCUUAACCAAUGUAUUACGAUAAGAGUAUUUCAGCUGAUAAAGUUUAUGUGUUAGGCGAGAUUUUUUUUAUUCAUUGAUUUACAGAUUCCGCCGACCGUAAAUAUUCAGAAAGUGAAAAAUAAAAAAAAAAUUUUAGUUAAUUUGGGGUACUAAUUUGGAGUAUACAUGCCAAGUAAACUUUGACUCUAAGUACUACUGGCUCAUGUUAUCAUUGUGACAAUCUUGAAAAAAUGUUUUUUAAAAUUUUUUUCCAACCUACCGACCUGUUUUUUUUUCAAGUAAGAUCCGUAAACCAAUAAAUAAAAAAGUCUCGCCUUAUCUCCAUUGACAAAAUGUAAACUGUUUUCAGAAAAGUUUCUUGGCAAACCGGUUAAAAAUCAAAGAUCAACUCGAGAAGCAAGCUGAAUGUCAAAAGAAACCAAAGGAAUAUAAAUAUGUUAGUUUUGCUCCCAUCACUGGGCACAUGCAAACAACAAGAAAGGUUUGUCAGUAAUUUGGGCUCUGUGUACAAAUGCUGUUAGUUUUGCUUAUAAAUAAAACAUUAUCCAUAAUGGUACCAUUAAUUAAUGGUACCAUUAAUGUGAAUCAAAAUUCAUUCCAACAGUUUGUAGAAAAACACUGACGGAAAUUGUUUCAUAUCAAUGGUUUUCAAUAAUUUGAAUUCAUGCAUGAUUUUACAGGUAAACUACGUGAAGCGUUCCUCUUUUGACUUUGUAACUCAUUUGGAAUUUGCCUCAUUAGCUUUGCAAAUUUGAAAAACUCUUGUAAAUCCCUUGAGGGAAUUUGCAAUGUUCCUAUCGGCUGUUGCAAUAUUCCAAACUUCAUUUUAAAUUUUCCUAACUUCCUGUUUUAAUUUCCUAACUUCCUGUUCUGUUCUGAGCGUUGUUAUUGGUGGAUUAUUUUUGUUAGCCAAUUGCAACGGCCAGAACAGAACAGGAAGUUAGGAACUUGUAACAGGAAGUUAAGAACUUCUAACACGAACUGAGGAAAAUUUAAUUGGCUUUUAGCAACAUUGCAAAUUUCCUCAAGGGAUUUGCAAGAGAGUUUUUUAAAUUGCAAAAGUAAUGAGGAAAAUUGCAAUCAAUUUAGAAACUCAAAAGAGGAAUGCUUCCCAUAGUUUACCUGUAAUGGGAAAUACAUUUUGAUAAGAAUAAACCAUUAGUAGAUUAUACUAAGCUUAUUUUCUUACAUUAAUUUAAUUAAUCUUGUUGAAUUCGUAAAUAGGAAUUAUGAAUAUACCAUAAAUUAUAGAAAUUACUUUUCCAUUCAUGGUUUUAAAUCAAUGUCACCGAGCACUCAUGCAUGACAUGGGCUCCGUCCAGGGUUUUAGCCAGGAUUUCGAAAGUGGCCGUCCAAGAUAAUUUUGUGGGCGUGGGCACAAGUUUUUGGGCGUGGCCACAAUUUUUUGUUGUGGAAUUGUGGUGUUCUAUUCGUUGAACCUUUUUACUUUUAGUUUUAGAUGCACAUUUCCGUUAUUAAAUUAGUAAAAGCACACAUAUGAUAUGAACCGUAUGAUCACUACGAUGUACAGUAUAUGCUAUAAUGAAGAACGCAACACAGCAGUGUAGUGUUUAGUUAUUUUUAUCAAUCACCGAUAUUUUUCACCUUUUUUAUGCGUUUGGCUCAUUUUGUAGCCAUCUUUACCGUAACUAUAAACUCUAAAGCAUGUGGCGCUCGAGCGAUAGCGUUUGUUGAUACUUCAAUUCAGCCAUAUUCAAUGUGUUUUCGACGGGGGAAAAUGUAAAAAAACAUAUGCCAUAAGUAAAGUAAACAGCAGAUGACAACGAUUCAAAGUAUUCAAGAAAUAUUACAAAGCUUGUAAAUUGCUAUUUAAAGAAAAUAUUCCCUUAGGCCAUCCAUGGCCGUCCAUUAAAAUUUAGCCGUCCGAAUUCAGAAGUGGCCGUCCAUAGGACGGUCGGACGGCCGCCUGGCUAACACCCUGGCUCCGUCAAGAAUCUUUAUUACUAAUGUUGUAUUGUUGUUUUUUGCAAUUCUUUUUAUAGUCGUGUGUUAAAUCUGGUGGAACAUACUCUCCGCAAUACACCUGUCUAAGAGUACUGUAUUCUGUCUCACCUAUACCACAAUUUUUCUGCUGGGUCUCGUUACAACAUAACUAUAUGGUAAUCUAUAUAAAUUACUGUGUAAUGUCAUAUGCCUGUGAUGAUGUACAGUAUAGUAUUGAUAAUGCCUUACAGGGGAAAAGUGUCUCAAUUGUUGGAGUCUGAUAUUGCAGUGGUAUAUCCAAUGGCAAACCAGGCUCUGAAUUUAUGUAAGAAUCAUAUACUAUAGGUAAUGGGGUGCAUAAGUAAAAUAUUCCUUAAUAGUCCCAUCAGUCCAAUGGUACCAUCAAAAGUAAGCAAGAACUUCGCAUACAUGGUACUUAGCUAAAAGAAGAUUUUUUGGUAUUCUGCUGGAAAUUGCUGUAUCUUAUGGCUAUUUGAAAGCCUAAAUUGUCAAUGAAAUUUGCACUGUCUGUCAUUUCUUUUUUUUUGCACUGUAUUUCAUUUUUUGGCACUGUAUUUUGAAAAAAUUGCACUGCUCUUAGCCAAUCUGAAUUGAGAAAUUUUUUCAUGUAUAUUAAUAGUUCUGUUCCAUGUCACCAGGUUGAAGAUGAGACAGUCUUACACAACAUUCCAUACAUGGGUGAAGAAGUUCUUGAUCAGGACGGCACUUUUAUUGAAGAACUAAUAAAAAAUUAUGAUGGCAAAGUCCAUCGAACUCCUGAUCAUGGUAAGGGCUUGCAGCUUGUGCAUAUGUCUAUUGUUUAACCCUUUAAGUGGCACUGCGGCCUAAUAAUGGGCAAGUGCUGACUAGACUGGCAAUUGAUAGCAAUAAGUUAAUCACACUAUCGCACCCUACUUUGUUAUCUUUCUCUCUAACACCAGACGAUUUUACUGUUCAAUGGGGAAGUGCUGACACUCAAUGGGUUAAUCAGACUAUCUGCCCACUUGUUGUAUUACAGUAACUCUUUAAGUGUCAUUGUGUCCCAAUAUUUGGGGAAUGUGCUGGCCAGACUCAAUGGGUGAAUUGAUGACAUUGCUAUUGUUCUUUGUGUAGAAGAGAAAAGGAAGGGGUAAAGUUUUUUGGGCUUUACCCUACUACUAUCUGUCAUAAUUAUAAGUACUCAUGUUAGUGCAUUUGUCUUUGUGAAAACAGAUGCUUCCAGUUUGACACUGCGUGUUUUUGCUAGGUACUUUGUGGUAAAACUGGACCCUUCUCAGACCUCUAGGUAGAAUAGUUUAGAACUGAUGAAGUUACCCAAUAUAGUUUAGGUUUCCUCUAAUUAGACUACUUUACUCUACAGUAUAGACUAGACCAACAUUAAGGAUGGUUCUUACUGGAUCUCUGGAGAGAACAGUUGAGCACUGAUAGAGCUAUCCAGUGAGUGUGAAAGUAGUUUAGUUUAUGUAAACAUUUUCUUGUCUAAUAUAUUUACAGUAAUUGAUGAUGGUAGCCUGACAGAUGACAUGCUUUAUGAAAUAAUCAACAAUCUCACAAAGUCUAAAGAUGAAUCGUCAAAUAAUUCAACUGGUUCAGAAACGGAAGGUAAAAGCAAGCCUUGUACUUUCGAAUAUUUGUAGACCAGGUCCUAUGGUACGUUGUAUAUUUGCCCUGGUCAGCACAACACUUGCAGGUACAUGUAGUAAAUUUGAUCCAAAGUUGGUAAUGUUACCUUCAAAUAUAUAUUGUAUCUGACCACUGCUGUAUAUUUGGGAUCAAGCAAUAAGCUAAGUAAUUCACUAUAUAAUGUAUGUUAUUGCCUCUUUUUUUAGACUCGUGUAUGGUGGAGUUAAACAGCAAUGGCAUGCCUGCUGAUGAAAUAUUUCAAGUUAUAUUAAAUCUGUGUCCUGGUAAAGGAUGGACGUUGGAAGACAUUAAAACAAGGUACAGAACACCAUACAGUUACAAUGGUUGGUAGUAUUCUACAGUAUUAAAGCUGCCUUAGUUGGUGCAGUCUGAACUACCUGAAAAAGAUAUCUCAAGCAUGGAGGUCCAUAUUCUACAAUGCUUUCUGUACAAUUCUGCUGUAAUCUGUGUCUGAACUACAGUACCUGUAAAAAUAUCCCAAAGGUGGUGGUCCAGUAUAGGUUUAGUAUUCUACAAUAAGCUGAUGUGGUCUGUGCCUGAACUACUGUAUCUGUAAAAGAUAUCUCAAACGUGGUGGUCCAGUAUAGGCAGUACUCUACAAUAAGCUGCCGUGGUUUGUGUCUGAACUACCUGUAAAAGAUAUCUCAAAUGCAGUAGUUCCAGCGUAGUAUUCUACAGUUAGCUGCCGUGUUUAGUGUUUGAACGUGUCUGAAAAUAUCUUGUGGUGGUCCAGUGUAAAAGUGCCUUGGUUUACUGUAAUGUCUAAACUACCUCCAAAACGCUAUCUCGUUAGGGACCGGUCAUAAAGUAACUGCUAGGGUGGGCUGGAGUGAUUUGGGGUGGGCCAUGGAAAAUCUUUGGGCAGUUUCGAUGGGCCGCCAAUUUUUUUGUGUGUCCACGGUUGGGCCACCAAACAAAAACCCAUGCAUGUCUACUUCAAAAAAUAAAGAUAUUAAUAAUAAAAGUAAACAAAACUAACCACAUUAUCAAAUGCAAAUGAUGCUAUUGAAGUUAGUACUUUGGAGAGCAGCUCAGUAUGUCUAGCUUAGUGGAAUUAUGUGCGUCAAUAUAGUGCCGGUGUAUAUUUACAAUGUUCAUACCUGCAAGUUUUUUUUUAUUAUAAAAGUGUAUUUUUCCAAUUCAGAUUGGGUGGGUCAUGAAAAAUAUUUUGUAAGAUUAGAUGGGCUUUGAAAUCUUUAUCUACAUCCUAAGAUGGGUCACCAUGCAAACGUAUUGGCAAAAUUUGUGAUUUACCUCCAGCCCACCCUAGCAGUUACUUUAUGACCAGUCCCUUAUCUCAAAUGUGGUGGUCCAUUGUAGAUAGUAUUUUACAUUAAACUACCAUCGAUGAUGAUUUCUGUCUGAACUAUCUGAAAAAUAUACUGCAGUAUCUUAAACUUUGUGGUCCAGUGUAGGUUAAAUAUUCUGCAGUAACAUGGUUCGUAGCGGUCUUUGAAAUCCUUGAAAGUGUUUAACUUGGAACUAAUAGUGGAAUGCAGGUCUUUGAGGUCUUUGAAAAGUCAUUAAAUUGUGUGAAAAAGCGAAGAAAGUCUUUAAAUUCUUUAGUGAAGAGUUGAUUAUACAAUUUCCUAGCUAAUAAAAUAGAUUGAUUUAAUCAAGAUUUUCGCAAAUAUCGACGAAAAUGCGCAUUUUAGGAUGUGAUUUGACGGGACUAAUUACUGGGUAAAAAUGGUGCUUACACUCGCAAUUUUUCGACAGCUGAUUGCUCUCAAAGGUCUUUGAAAAGUCUUUGAAACUAGGCAGAAAAAAUCUUUGAAAGCCUUUGAAUUUUUUUGGUCUUGGAGACUACGAACCCUGAGUAAGUUGCCAUGGUUUACGUGUUGCAUGUUGAUGGCGGAAAGUGGUAACACAUAUGGAUUAAAUUUCUCUAAUUUCUCAAGAUACAAAGAAAUAAAGCAACGUUUAACAGGUGGAGCUCCUCAACAGUGUACUCCAAAUAUAGACAGGUAUGUGAAGGAUAUGAAAUUCAAGAUUUCUAGUUGUACCUGGGGGACAAAUCGUCAUGCGAAAAAAGCAGUUUUGUAGGCCAAAAGAAUUAUAGCGACCAACUUUCAGUCAGUUUUAAACCCUCGAAAUUCCUUUGCAGAUAAAUUUCUUGACAUUGCAAGAAAAACAAAAACUAAACAUCGCUAAAACAAAACUAAAAUUGAGUAUUAGAAAACAAUUUUGUCAAAAACUAACAUGGCCCUAUAAAAUGUUUAAAACUUAUUGUACACGUAAAAAUCUCGCAUCUUGUAGCAAGUCUUCCAACAACUCGUCAACAAGUUUGGAACAAGCUGUGAUGACAGACUUGUUAGAACUACUUAACUUUGCUACAAGUCGGAUAAUGCCAUCAAGCUUGUUACAAGUUGUUAACAGCUUGUUCCAAACGUGUUACAACAACUGGGAACAAGCUGUGCGAAGACAAGUUGUCGACAACUUGUGAACAAAUUUGUAACAAUUCUGUAACAACUUGUGCGUUUUUACGUGUGAGGCUAGAGAAAUUCUUAAUUCGUGUUGAUGUUUCCCUAUGUUUCUCAGUAAUGUUUCCUAGUGUUUGCCCACUCUUGCAAACAUGGCGAAACAUAUUUGGUAUAGGAAACAAUGUUUCCGCAACAAUGUCUCCUAGUUUGCCCAGGGCUUUAUGUGGUUCAGUUUUACAAAUGCACAUGUACAUUGCAUUCUGUGUUUCAGUGAGGAGGCUCAAUCAGCAUCAAGGGAACAAACAAUGCAUUCAUUUCACAUGUUGUUUUGUCGGAGAUGUUUUAAAUACGACUGUGUCCUUCACGCGUGGAAACCACUACCAACGCAAGUGAGACGAAAGGUAAUUCUGCUAAAUAUCUUGGGUUAAAACGUUUCAGGGCAUCCUUUCAAAAUUUUUCAGCGGGGAGGCUAUCAAGAUGUGGCGGACAAUAUUGUGGACUGGGGGAGGGGAGGGGGGAUUGGGUUGCCAACAUGUUACCACCUUUCGUUGCCGGAAAUAUUAGUUCUUUUAAUUUUUUGCGUUAAAUUUAAUGCAAUGGAUAGCUUGAUUUGUAGCCUAGCAAUGCUUUUAAGGUUGAAAAAAUAUAGUUACAGCUUUGUAAUAUUUAAAAUCCCGACUAUGAGGACUGGACUAGAUUUCAAGUCGCGCAAUUUGAUCAAGUCCGAGGCGAAGCUGAGGACUGGAUCAAAAUGCGAAGACUUGAAAUCUAGUCCAGUCAGAAUGGACCUUUCACCUUUUGACUACAAUUUAGAUCUCGACAAGUCUAGACAAAAAUUUCAUUACAACUUGAAAGAGUAUCACAAAAUUAAUAAUACUCCAAAGUUUCGUUGCGAAAUGUUGUAAAAUGCGGAUAAUAUAGCCUUUUCAGUCGUAUUGUAUUACGUGCGGGAAAUACAUACCUCCUUCGGAAAAAGGGUAUGUAUUUCCCGCGCGUAAUACAAUAUGACUGAAAAUUACAAACUUCGCAAGGCUAUAUUAUCCGCAUUUUACAACAUUUCGCAACGAAACUUUGGAGUAUUACUAUAAUUUUGUGAUGCUCUUUCAAGCUGUAAUGAAAUUUUUGUUUAGACUUCAUGUUGAGAUCUAAAUUGUAGUCCAAAGGUGAAAGGUCCAUUUGGAGGAUUUGAAAUGACAUCUCGUACGAAUAAAUCAUUACUUAAAGUGAGGUGAAUUAAUUUUGAUCCUGUCCAAGGACUGAAUUAAUUUUGAUCCAGUCCAAGGACUGAAUUAAUUUUGAUCCAGUCCAAGGACUGAAUUAAUUUUGAUCCAGUCCAAGGACUGAAUUAAUUUUGAUCCAGUCCAAGGACUGAAUUAAUUUUGAUCCAGUCCAAGGACUGAAUUAAUUUUGAUGCAGUCCAAGAACUGAAUUAAUUUUGAUCCAGUCCUAGAACUGAAUUAAUUUUGAUCCAGUCGUAGAACUGAAUUAAUUUCGAUCCAGUCCAAGGACUGAAUUAAUUUUGAUCCAGUCCUAGAACUGAAUUAAUUUUGAUCCAGUCCUAGAACUGAAUUAAUUUUGAUCCAGUCCUAGAACUGAAUUAAUUUUGAUCCAGUCCUAGAACUGGAUCAAUAUACCUCAUCAGGUAUCCAGUAUUAUAAUGUGAGCAAAAUGAAGCAAUAUUUUUGGCUAAUUUGCUCACGAAUUAUUAAUGCGUUUGAGAUAAGUUAUGUCAGUAACGUAUUGAGCGCCAAAGCUCUCCCCUUGACGAGUAGAUUUUACUCGAUUUUACUCGCAACUUAAUGGGUUAAACCUCUAUCUAGCAUCAGGCUUAGCAGCAUAUGUGCACGUUUAGCAGCGCGACCAAGCAUAGAGUACAUGUAACUUGAUAAUGAAGUAAGACCUUUAUUGUAAUUAAUGGUUAUUCGUGCUGUUACAACUACAGUUUUCAACAUUUUGCAUAUUAAUGAUCAUGCUGUUAUAGAAUAGUAUAUUUAUACAAAUGUUCUUAAUCCUAGGAUUACCUCUAUCUAUGCUAUAUAAAUACCAUAAUGUACCAGUCAAUGUAAAGUACCAUAAAUACCAUAAUGUACCAGUCAAAGUUCCAUUCUCCUCUGCGGAGCCGUAUAGUUAAACCACGUUAACCACGUGGUUAAACAUGAAGCCUAGUUAUGUACUAUUCCGUCGUAAUGUAUGCCAAUACGCCAGAGAUACUUUAACCUUCAAUGAAUUGGCUAACUACAGUAAGUUAGUUUACUAAUCUACAAUAUGAUUACUAUAGUCUGUUUUAGUUUUCUAAGAAAUAGUGAUGCACCGAUAUCGGCUCAAAAUUUAAAAUAUCGGUAUAUCAGUACUUUUGUUCCUGAUAUCAUCGGUAUUGUACUAUAACAAAUUUAUACAGUCUAUUUUAAAGUUUAAAGAAUAUUCUUGAUGUCAAUUUGACUGCAACACAACUCGGUGCCCCGCAUGUAACGAUAUUUAUUAUUAGCAUGACAAAAUUACUGGAUGCUGAUUGGUUGAGAGGAGUACAAUUAUUUCAUUAAUUGUACUGCAGUACAAUUAAUGAUUUUCCCAAAACAAACAAAAUGGCGGAAAGGUAUUUUGAACACAAAUGUGAAAUGAAAAUUUUGCCCUUGAGGAACUCGCCCCGGCGGCUCGUCCAAUUUUGGCAAAAUUUCCAAACAUCACUCGUACUAUUAAUCCCUAAUUGUACUCGCCAUCGCAAGAUUACCCAUACAAAUUCAACAUGUAGCCAAGAUGUUAUCAAUAUAUACGUGUAUGGCAUGUGUUAAUACAUGAUUGGCCACUCUUAACUCAUAUAGUUUAUAUGAUGAGUUUUCUACAGUAAGUCCAAUUGUCAUUUGUGAAUGUCGAAGUGGCAUCGGCCAAUAUCGGCCCUUGAAUAUCGGAUUAUCGGGAAAUUUCAAUAUCGCUGCAUCACUUAUCACUUUACUAAAGCCUGGUUCGUACUAGCAAUUCUGUCGGCGAUUUUUCUCCUCCUGGAAGAUGUGAUCGAAUGAAUGACAUGCAAAAGACUUAGAAUUGUUUACUUCUGAAAAGCGACUCUAUACUUACGUGUGCGAGUUCACUCAUUUGCAUCCGUUAGAAGCACAAAAUCGCCGACAAAAUUGCUAGUGUGCAUGAACGAGGCUUAAGAAAUGAUCACAAGUUAUUGGACUUGAUGUUAAUUCUAAUACUUGUCCUCAUUAUCCACGGACCUAAAAAGGAACCAGCUACCGACAACAAUGAAUGAUACAGCAAGCAGUCCAAGAAUUAUCAGCGCUUUCCCGGUAUCAGAACGGAUACAUUUCGUGAACUUGGACCAAACUUUCCAUACUAAACACUUGCACUUAAACCAGCAACUUUCUGAGCUUGUUGAAUCUUCGUCAUCGCUCUCACAAACUGACUCUACGAUCGACUCUGCGCCUUGUGCAAUAACCUGCGCGAUCUCUGAGUGCUCAUUCACUGGACUCGGUUGCUUUAGACGAUGAAACUUCCCUUGCAGCACAGGCAGCUGUUUUCCUCUAUCAUUCAGCUCAAAGAGAAAGCAAUUCACGCUUGCACGAUAACUAGAAUUCCAUCUUUUGGAAAUAUUAGCUAUACAUACAAUAUACCUUUUCAAGCCAAGAGUCGGCAUAUGACCCCAAACUGUGUUCUCGUCUCCAGAGCUCGGUUUGUUCAAGCUUAACUGAUGGUGCGAAUGCCACUGCCCCAGAUUACAUAAGCCAUGUUUCUUCGUUAGGUAGCUUCCAGCGGCUGCCAAAUAAUCCAAAUCUUGAAAGAAUGAUGUUUCAUAACGCUUACACUUCUUCCCUGGCCCCAAUGCGAACUGAACAACAGCCGUGUGGGAAUCCAUCCAUAAGCCAAACAAAUCGCCUCCUGUCUCAAUUUUCUUAUGCAAAAGCACCCAGUUCUUUAUCUUUGCAAAUUCACUCUUGUAUAUAUAUACUUUCAAUUUCCUGCCUUGUCCACUUGCCUCGUCUUCGCUCGAUUCUUGGUCUACCAGUCUUCGAUAUUCAGUCGUGCUCGGCAUCUCUCUCAUCUCCACCUGACGAAUUUUUGGGGUUUUUUUUUGCUGGCCUCGUUUCUUUUUAUUCUUAUUCUUUCUACUCAUAGGAAGAAAACGAUUUGAAUGUAUAAACGUGUUUCCGUGUCUACUGCAGCUCGAUUGUUAUGGAAAGCUUGGUACUGUUGAAAUCGUUUCGAAAGUAUAACUGGCUUCGCGUCUUGCCGAUGAAUGUCGGGAAUAUUUCACAAGAGCAUUGCACCCGUUUAACGAAGCCUAGUGUUGUCUUCUACUUUCGAUUCUUUCGUGAAUUGCAAGUCAUGAAAACUGAGCUCGGUUUAUUGAAAUCGUUUCGAAAGUAUAACUGGCCUCUCGCCUUGUCGACGAUGAAUAUCAGGAAUAUAUCACCAAGAGUAUUGCACUCGUUUAACGAAGCCUAGUUUCGUCUUCUACAUUCGAUUCUGUCGCGAAUUCCAAGUGAUUAAAAGCACGGUUUAUCGAAAUCGUUUCGAUAGUAUCAGUGAGUUUACGUGUCAGUUCGUUGAGGUUUAACGGCAAAGUGAAAGUCUCAUUGAUAUACAAUAUGCAUAAAUAAACAGCAUGUGGUCCGUGAAAUUCUGUGAAGUAGAUAAUUUACUCGGAAACCGUCUUCUAGUAUAUAUAUUUCAUAAGUAAAUCUUUCCCUAUUGUAUACAAUAUGAAUAAGGAACAAGAAUACUGAUCAUAAAUUUUAAGUAAAUUACUAAAUACUUAUAGGCCUACAAAGAUAGGAAUAAGCUAAAUCAACUAUUAUAUGAAGCAAAGUGAAAGUCUUGUAUUGAAAUGAUACGUAUGAAUAAGCAGCAGCUGGUCGUGAAAUUCUGGGUACUAGGUUUACUGUGAAACUGAUUUCGGUUAUCUGAUUUCCUAGUAAUUCAAAGUGGAAGUAACUUUACUCUGUUAGGAAACUUCAUGUAAGUUAUUUGUACUGUAUUUACUUAAAGUGGCUCUACGCAGGAAACUGACCGAUACGUGCGCUUGUCGGAUUCAAAUUGUACCUCCAAGUCUCGCUCGAAUGCACUCUUCCAGAAAGUACCUAAUCUUGGCUAUAGAGCCUCGUUUUCGGGAUUGAGAAAUUGGCUAUAGAGCCGUUUGUCUUGUCACUGAUGACAGCUGAUGACCUAUAGUUCUAUAAAAUCUAGAGGUGUGUAAAUCCGAUCGGAUUCGUUCGGAUUUCGGAACAAAAAUAUACAUUUCGGAUCGGAUCGGAUUGAUAAAGUUGUUUCGUAGUCGGAUCGGAUCGGACUUCGAUAUUCUAAAUAAAAUGAAUUAAUUAUCCACGCAUUAUUGCAAGAAUUAAUAUCCAUGCAUUUAUCAAAGCAUUAUCGCGGUUGUCGCUGCAUUUUUCGUUUGAUACUUCAAUUGGACGUCACUUUGUUAGCUUCUUGACAUGUAUUUCUUGCUUUUAUAUUUAUUUGGUUAAAUAUUUCAACUUGAAUGAGAAAUUUAUUGGGUUAAAGGAUACUUCGGACAUAAAUUAUGCAAUCCCAUGUUUAAUCCAAAUUAAUUCCAACAUAUUUACAAUUCAGAUAUUUAUAAUCGCCAGAUGCAUCGUAUAUGCGAUACUUUGUCAUUGGUAAUCUUCACUAGUUUUAUAUCUUAUAUAUACUUGCACACAUUUAUAUAGACUUGUUAUAGUCAGUGUUCCAAAUGGCAUUUUUCUCGUGCCUAAGUUAAUAUUAAUUCUAAUAAUUGGGCUAGUUAUCCCCGGACCUAAAAAGGAACAAGCUACCAACAACAAUGAAUGACACAGUAAGCAAUCCAAGAAUUAUCAACGCUUUCCCGGUAUCAGAACAGAUACAUUUCGUGAAUUUGGAGCAAACGUUGCGUACUGAACACUUGCACUUAAACCAGCAACUUUCCGAAUCUUCGACGUCACAAACUCUCGGCUUUUCGGCUCCUUGUGCAAUAACCUGCGCGAUCUCUGAGUGCUCAUUCACUGGGCUCUGUUGCUUUAGAUGAUGAAACUUCCCUUGCAAUACAGGCAGCUUUUCUCCUCUAUCAUUCAGCUCAAAGAGAAAGCAAUUUACGCUUGCAUCAUAAUCAGAAUACCAUCCUUUGGAAAUAUUAGCAAUACACACAAUAUACCUUUUCAAGCCAAGAGUCGGCAUAUGACCCCAAACUGUGUUCUCGUCUUCAGAGCUCGGUUUGUUCAAGCUUAACUGAUGGUGGGAAUGCCACUGUCCCAGAUUACAUAAGCCAUGUUUCUUCGUCAAAUAACUUCCAGCGGCUGCCAAAUAAUUCAAAUCUUGAAAGAAUGCUGUUUCAUAACGAUUACAUUUUUUCCCUGGCCCCAAUGCGAACUGAACAACAGCCGUGUUCCCAUCCACCCAUAAGCCAAACAAAUCGCCCCCUGUCUCAAUAUUCGUGUGCAAAAGUACCCAGUUCUUUAUCUUUGCAAGUUCACUCUCGUAUAUAUAUACUUUCAAUUUCCUGCCUUGUCCACUUGCCUCGUCUUCGCUCGAUUCUUGGUCAGGUAGUCUUCGAUAUUCAGUCGUGCUCGACAUCUCUCGGCUCAUCUCCACCUGACGCUGUUUGGGGUUUUUGUUGUUCUUUCAAUUCAUUUUAUUUUCCUGCUGAUAUAGGAAGAAAUCGAUUUUUAAUGUAUAAGCGUGUUUCCUUGUCUACUGUUCGACUCGGUUGUUAUGGAAAACCCAGAUUAUUGAAAUCGUCUCGAAAGUAUAACUGGCUUCACGCCUUUGUCAAUGAAUAUCAGGAAUAUAUCACCAAGAGUAUUGCACCCGUUUAAUGAAACCUAGUUUUGUCUUCUACACUGCAGUCGUUUCUUUUGUGAACUCCAAAGUCACAAAAAGCCCGGUUUAUAAAAUCGUUUAUAAUAAUAUAAGUGAGUUCACGUGUCUGUUCCUUUGUGUCUGUUCCAACUGUUCGUUGAGGUUUAAAUCAAAGUGAAAGUCUCAUUGAUAUACAAUAUGCAUAAAUAAACAGCAUGUGGUCCGUGAAAUUCUGUGAAGUAGAUAAAUUUACUCGGAAACCGUCUUCUAGUAAUUACGUAUUUCAUAAGUAAAUCUUUUCCUGUUGUAUACAAUAAGGAACAACAAUACUGAUCAUAAAUUUUAAGUAAAUUACUGAAUACAUAUAUAUAUAUAUAGAUAGGAAUAAGCUAAAUCAACUAUUAUAUGAAGCAAAGUGAAAGUCUUGUAUUGAAAUGAUACGUAUGAAUAAGCAGCAGCUGGUCGUGAAAUUCUGGGUACUAGGUUUAUUGUGAAACUGAUUUCGGUUAUCUGAUUCUAUAAUGUUAUACACUGCGUUCAUAUGAGACAAAAACUUUUCCCGUGUACCGAGACCUCGCUUGUUGACAGACGAGAUCUCGGUGACCGGGAUAAAAAUAUAGGAAAAACAUUAAUAAUAUUACAGUCGUGCCAAUAGAAGCGUUCCGAAAAAUGUUGACCAAUUCAUUUCCUAACUUGAAGGAAGUUCAAGGAACACCUCUGAACAAUUCCUCAACAAUAUGAUACUAUUGUUCCCAGUAAACUGCGAAACGACCGUUUUUAGGCCGUUUGUCAGUGACAGUUUUGUCAAUUACGAAGGACAUAUUUGUGUACCUCGUGAUCACAAUUCGUUGCAAGUGGCGUGUGAAAAACUGCAAGUUUCAGUUUGACAGUUCUGACAGUUAAAUGGGUUUCUAAUUUUAUUGGCCAAUGAGGUGCGUAGUUUUGAAUUUUAAAUCAAAACUACGCACCUCAUUGGCCAAUAAAAUUAGAAACCCAUUUAACUGCCAGAACUGUCAAACUGAAACUUGCAGUUUUUCACACGCCACUUGCAACGAAUUGUGAUCACGGGGUAUAAAAAAUAUGUUUUUCGUAAUUGACAAAACUGUCACUGACAAACCGCCUAAAAAACGGUCGUUUCGCAGUUUACUGGGAACAAUAGUAAGUUCCUUAAAAAGUUCCUAACUUCCUGUUUCGUUGACCAAUCAAAUUUUAUAUUUUAUUUUUGAGCAAUCUGAUUGGUCAAUGAAACAGGAAGUUAGGAACUUUUUAAGGAACUUAUCAAAUUGUUGAGGAAUUGUUCAGAGGUGUUCCUUCAAGUUAGGAAAUUAAUUGGUCAACAUUUUUGGGAAAGCUUCUAUUGGCACGACUGUAAUGUUUUUCCCAUAUGAACACAACUUUCCCCCUUAGCGGGAUAACUUUCUGUCGUGUCAGCAACUUUUCAAUUCAGUUGAUAUUCAGUGGUACGUCACAGCCGAAAACUUUACCCGGUUAGCGGGAUAACGUUUCUCCACAUGAGCAGAACAAAAGUAUUUGGCUAGUCGAAAAGUUUUCUCGUUAACCGGGAUAAGUUUUGCCCAUAUGAUCUUCUUUGUUUUCGAAACGAAUUAGAAACGACUGUAGAAGAGUCGGGUUUGCAAUCUGUUUUAUAAGAUUUCCGUUAUACUGAAGGAUUGUUCAUAUGAGGCUAAACCUUUGUUGACGCAUAUAAAAUUCAAUUCAUAUGAGAAACGAGCCAGCUCGGCUAUGUGAGAUCUGAGUCAUGCAAGUGGGAUGAAAUUUUCCAUAUUUUAUUUCCGGGAAUCGAGAUGGACCGCAUUUUUUGAACGGUCUGUGACUGUGCCAGUGUAGCUACAAUCCUGGUCAAUAAUGUUGGCGCACUUGACACUGACUGUGCGAAACAGUUUGACUCCCACAUCAAUAACAAGCAUAGCAACCCCCCUUUCCCCCGUUCAAUGUUGUGUGUAGUGUGUUAUACGUCCAAGGUGUUACACAACAUUGAUAAGGGGGAUAGGGGGUGUUUGGACAUGAAAUUUUGCAUAAAAUGGGCACAUAUGUAUGUGGUAAUCAGAAAUGAAGUAAAGGUUAUACUAUUUCGACUAAGUGCGCCAAGGAUUUUUGACCAGGAUUGGGACCGCAUUUUUUGAAUGGUCUGUGACUGUGCCAGUGUAGGUAGUACCAACAGGUAGUAAUAAGGUAGUUGCAUCUUUCUCAACCUGAAGCUUUCUAUCCCAAGUUAUUGGAGUUUAUGUUAAUUCUAAUAAUUGGGCUCGUUAUCCACGGACCUAAAAAGGAACACGCUACCAACAACAUUGAUAUGAUUGAAUGAUACCUGCCUCGCACCCAGGCGUCUCUUUGUAAAAAAACAGUGAUGCGCAUAUGACGAGUUUACAUGAAGUAUUGUAGUGGGGAGAGAUGGGCGAAGGGGCUGAUGGGAAGAGUGCACUUGAAAUGCGAGACAACCGCCCCAACCAUGCAACAGCCCCUUCAGCCCGACCAACAGAACCUUCAUGUGUUAUAAUUAUUUAAAGCGCCUGGAUACGAGGCAGGAAUUGGCAUGAAUGAUACAGUAAGCCGUCCAAGAAUUAUAAGCGCUUUCCCGGUAUCAGAACAGAUACAUUUCGUGAACUUGGACCAAACUUUCCAUACUGAACACUUGUGCUUAAACCAGCAUCUUUCUGAGCUUGAAGUUGUUGAAUCUUCGCCAUCGCUGUCACAAACUGACUCUACGAUCCACUCUGCUCCUUGUGCAAUAAUCUGCUCGAUCUCUGAGUGCUCAUUCACUGGACUCGAUUGCUUUAGAUGAUGAAACUUCCCUUGCAGGACAGGCAGCUGUUCUCCUCUAUCAUUCAGCUCAAAGAGAAAGCAAUUUACGCUUGCAUCAUAAUCAGAAUUCCAUUCUUUGGAAAUAUUAGCAAUACACACAAUAUACCUUUUCAAGCCAAGAGUCGGCAUAUGACCCCAAACUGUGUUCUCGUCUCCAGAGCUCGGUUUGUUCAAGCUUAACUGAUGGUGGGAAUGCCACUGUCCCAGAUUACAUAAGCCAUGUUUCUUCGUCAAAUAACCUCCAGCGGUUGCCAAAUAAUUCAAAUCUUGAAAGAAUGCUGUUUCAUAACGAUUACAUUUUCCCCCUGGCCCCAAUGCGAACUGGACAACAGCAGUGUGGGCAUCCACCCAUAAGCCAAACAAAUCGCCCCCUGUCUCAAUAUUCUUAUGCAAAAGCACCCAGUUCUUUAUCUUUGCAAGUUCACUAUCGUAUAUAUAUACUUUCAAUUUCCUAUCUUGUUCACUUGCCUCGUCUUUGCUCGAUUCUUGGUCAGAUAUGUUUAGUUUAUGGUUUUUAUAAUCAGUCUGGCUCGGCAUCUCCGUGAUAUGUUAUCUUGAAGCUGUUUGGGUUUUUUGUCUUCUUUCGAUUAUUUUUACUUAUGGGAAGAAACGAUUUGAAUGUAUGUUUACUGUUCAGCUCGAUUGACGAUUGUUAUAAUCGUUUCGAAAGUAUCAGUAACUUAACGUCUAGUGUAGGUGUUGUAUUAUUCUUUAUAUACAUUCGAUUCUGUCACGAAUUCCAAGUCAUGAAAAGCACGGUUUAUCGAAAUCGUUUCGAUAGUAUCAGUGAGUUUACGUGUCAGUUGGUUGAGGUUUAAAUCAAAGUGAAAGUCUCAUUGAUAUACAAUAUGCAUAAAUAAACAGCAUGUGGUCCGUGAAAUGCUGUGAAGUAGAUUAUUUACUCGGAAACCGUCUUCUAGUAAUUACGUAUUUCAUAUAAGUAAAUCUUUUCCUAUUAUAUACGAUAAGGAACAACAAUACUGAUCAUAAAUUUUAAGUAAAUUACUAAAUACAUAUACAUAGAUAGGAAUAAGCUAAAUCUCUAUUAUAUGAAGCAAAGUGAAAGUCUUGUAUUGAAAUGAUACGUAUAAAUAAGUAGCAGCUGGUCGUGAAAUUCUGGGUACUAGGUUUACUGUGAAACUGAUUUUCUAGUAAUUCGAAGUGGAAGUAACUUUAUUCUGUUUGGAAACUUCAUGUAAGUUAUUUUUUGUUUGCGAGGCUAACUUUUCAGUCUGCCGUGGAUAUACACUUACUGACUUAGAGUAACAUAAAAAACAUUCAUGUAUAAAGUUAUUUGUACUGUAUAUAUUAAAGUGGCUCUACGCAGGAGACUGACCUAUGUUCGAUUCCUUGAACCACAGUUAUUUUAAUAGAUGGUUUGGAAACUCGAUGAAAGUACAAUAUAACUCAUUAACUAUGUUAUUGUCCAGCUUUAUGCAAGAAUUUGGUCCUAUCUCGUCACGUGUGUAUUGUAUUUUCGCUCAAAUAACCAAUAACAAGUUUGUGGUUGAGUUAUCCAUCCGUAACUUGAACAAAUGCUCAAUUUAAACAUUGCUAUUGGUUGUGCGGGAAAAAAUACAAUACACACGUGACGAAAUAGGCCAAAAUUCUUGCACAAACCGAAACCAACAUAGUUAAUGAGUUAUAUUGUACUUUCAUCGAGUCUCCAAACCACGUAUUCUAUUAACUGUGCUAGAACGUGCACUUGUCUGAUUAUAAUUUUACCUCCAAGUCUCGCUCGAAUACACGGCUGAGCACUUUCCGGAUGGGGUCAUGACUCAUGAACUGAUCUCAUAGUAUACUGGAUAGAUCCAAUUGAAAAUAAAACUGAUCUUACCACAAACUGGAUAGACCAUAUAAAACAUUCAGACAAUUUGAGCGAAAUUUGGGGCAAGUCUGUAACUUCGGUUAGAUGUGAAGGAGCUUCCACUUUGACUCAAACAUUCUCCGGUUGCGAUGGUUUCCUCUGGUUGCUACGUUCCUCCUGUACUAUACUAGACCAAUGAGGAAUGGUUUAUAAAAUUUGUUUUAUGAUUGAUAUAUAGAGUCCAGAUGACGUUCAAGAGACAAAUCCAUGCGGUGAAAAAUGCUUCAUGCAUAUCAAAGUAAGUAUAUCAACUGAAUUCCUCUCACUCGUCUGAGAGUUUUCCCUUCAUUAUCAGUCAUGCAUGUGUGGUGGGUUUCAGCAUGGAUAAUAAAAUACAUGGAUAGGAAACUAGCUGACGUGACCUAAUGUUUUCAAUGGGAUGACGGCGUUGAAACCUAGUUACAAACCAAAUUCUCAAAAAUGGCAUGUUUAGCAAUAAUACAGCUAAACAUUUUAGUCAAAGAGCAAAUAAAUAUAACUAGGCCAUUCUACGAUGAAAUCUCUAAGUAUUCCCAGUCAAUUUUAGCAAAUAUUUCAAGCACUAAACAGUGAAAAAUGCAUCGCAAAUUUCGUUAAAAUUGGUGACGCCAAUUUCGUAGCUACAAAUGUAAAAAAAUGCAAAACAAAGGCAAAGAACAUUUACCUUGAAUACUUUGUCGUGGCUUUGGCAUGUUUUUAAAACAAUUAGACCAGUUUAUGCUUCAAUAUUACUCUUUUAUAGCGGAAAAUAUAGCUGAGAACUUUGGCAAUACGCGUGACGUCACAAAUUGCAACUAGGUUUAGACUGUGACGUCAGGAAGUUUCCUAUCCAGUUAUUUCACAAUCCAUGGAUUCAGUAAACAUUGCACAUCGUGGGUUAGAUUCUCGUUGCAGACUCGUGGCACUUGUAUGAAAAGAGGGUGUGUCUUAAUCGCCCUUACUUGCAGCUGAGAGCAUGGGCGGAUUUUGAGGGGAGGUGUGCGGAGGUCGGCACCUCCCCUCAACCCACCCUGUGAACAUUCUCUAUGGGAGGAAACUGGAGAAAUCUCAUGACUUUCGGUAGAGCCCCAGUUAUGUUUCCUUAAUAAUGUCACUCUUUCAUUCUCAGGACAAUAAAAAACGACGUUUAAGCAGCGAGGUUGUGUCGUGGAAUGGUGCAGAGAGUUCACUGUACCGUGUUCUCAGACCUAUCUAUCAAAGUAAUUUUUGCACCAUCGCGAAGUUGAUCAAAACCAAAUCAUGUCAAGAGGUAACUGCUGUACUUUAACCUUGAUACAUUUAGAAGAGUCGUUUCCAUACUGUCUUGGCCAAGUUUUCAUCACUGAUGAGUGAUAUGACAAAGUCUGAAACAUUCUUGUCUUUUCUGUGCUGUAUUUCUGAUUGCACAGAUGUUCAGACACUCAAUUACAUUUGCUGUUUUUCUAAGACGGCGACCAAAUCGUGGUCAUGAAAUAGUCUGGAUCUAUCUUAUCACUGGAUAGAGCAUUUUACUAUCCGACCGGAUAGCGUAUAUGCCGUAUAGUUUUUAAAAAAUGUCCGACCGGAUUUUGGUUAUAUAAGGUUCAGGCCUAACCAGUCAAGGUCAAACAAUUAUAUUCAUUGGUAUAAAGUGGUGGUGUUGACUUGAUAUUGACUGGAAAUGAUAGGGGAAAAAUUUCACAAUCCAUCGUCGAUCAACAUGCAUGGUUGGAAAAUGAACAAGCUUUCUUUGGUAGGAAUGCAACUACCUGAAAAGUAUUAUAAGUAAAAUUUCGACGUCUCGAAGGCCCUUUCUUCAAAGCCUUCGUCAAAGAGUUCAAAUUUCGAAUCACACGUAAAAAUCUCACAUCUUGUAACAAGUCUGCCAACAAGGCGUCAACAAGAUGUAUUCGCACUGCUUGUCACAAGUUGUCAACAGGUUUGGAACAACUUGUUGACAACUUGUAACAACCUUGUCGAAAUUAUCAGACUUGUUGCAAGGUUGUUCUGACAAGUCCGUUACAUGCUUGAUAUAACAAGAUUGUUGCAACCUUGUGUUGACAACCUUGCAACAUCCUUGUUAUAUCAUGGCUGUAACAAACUUGUUAGCACAGUCUUGUUACAAGGCUGAUAAUGCCAUCAAGAUUGUUACAAGUUGUUAACAGCUUGUUUCAAACUUGUUACAACAAACUGGGAACAAGCAAUGCGAACACAACUUGUUGACAGCUUGUGAACAGACUUGUGACAGCUUGUUUGCAGACUUGUUACAACUUGUGCGUUUUACGUGUGUACCAUUUGCAUUGCCUUUGCAAGCAAGCGUGACUAAUGUUGAAAAUAUUGCCAGCUUUUCUGCGAUCAUUUCAACCAAAGAUAUGAUAAAUAAUCGUACUUUUUAAACCAUAUUACAUCAUUUCUAAGCUGAAAAGAACGUCUGGACCUUAAAUAAACAAUACACGGUAUUCGGCCGGAUAUUUUAUGCGCAGGUAAUAGAUGCCAAUAACACGCUAGUACCACCGAGUUGAGCCUAUAGUUGAUGCAGUGUAUGAACCCUAUAGCUGAUGCAGUGUUUGAACCUAUAGUUUACGCAGUGUUUGAAGCUAUAGCUGAUACAGUGUUUGAACCUAUAGUUGAUGCAGUGUUUGAACCUAUAGCUGAUACAGUGUUUGAACCUAUAGUUGAUGCAGUGUUUGAACUUAUAGUUGAUGCAGUGUUUGAACCUAUAGUUGACGCAGUGUUUGAACCUAUAGCUGAUGCAGUGUUUGAACCCUAUGCUGAUGCAGUGUUUGAACCUAUAGUUUACGCAGUGUUUGAACCUAUAGCUGAUGCAGUGUUUGAACCUAUAGUUGAUGCAGUGUUUGAAGCUAUAGCUGAUACAGUGUUUGAAGCUAUAGCUGAUGCAGUGUUUGAACCUAUAGUUGAUGCAAUGUUUGAACCUAUAGUUGAUGCAGUGUUUGAACCUAUAGUUGAUGCAGUGUUUGAACCUAUAGUUGAUGCAGUGUUUGAACCUAUAGUUGAUGCAGUGUUUGAACCUAUAGUUGAUGCAGUGUUUGAACCUAUAGUUGAUGCAGUGUUUGAACCUACAGUUGAUGCAGUGUUUGAACAUAGUUGAUGCAGUGUUGAACUUAUAGUUGAUGCAGUGUUUAAACCCUAUAGUUGAUGCAGUGUUUGAACCAUAGGUUUACCAGCACUCGCUACAUGAAGGUCAGGACGACGAUCCAGUCCCCGAGUUUGAAGACGCGAAUCAAAAAGCAAAGAAAAAGAGAAAACACAGGUAUUUCGUGAAUGACAAGCAGGACAAAUGUUUAACAAUUGAGCAUGAUAUGAAGAAUUAUCAAGCCAGCCAGCCAAAGGCUGAGGUUGAUAGCACAUAUAAUAUCUUGUUUCAAAAAUAAGAUGAUAUCUUGUUUCAAAAAUUUAGAUUGUGGUCAUUGCACUGCAGGAAAAUACAGUUGAAGAAAGGUAACACGUCUUUGAAUAUUCUCUGAGUUCGUUGUAAACAUCGCUAAUUUUAUUUUGCUUUCUUUUAGACAGCACCAAUAAUCACGUGUAUAACUAUGUACCAUGUGACCACCCUGGUCAACCAUGUGACCAGUCUUGUAUCUGUAUUGCUACUCAGAAUUUCUGUGAGAAGUUUUGUCAAUGUAGUCCUGAUUGUAAGUACAGUAUUUGUAUAAAUUAUCAAGCAUUGAGAUUCGAGGGAAAACAAAUUGCAUUGCUGUGCUGAGUGGUUAUAUUACUACCUGAAAUAAACAAGCAGAAACUCGAGCGAAGGCCCUUCGCUCGAAACGUCGAGUUUCUGUUUGUUUAUUUCAGGUAGUAAUAUAACCACUCAGCACAGCAAUUUCACAUUGGUACUGCCCACACUGGUACAGACAGUUUUAGUAUAUAUCACAGAGGGAAAACAAAGACUAUUUCCUGAGGGAACAGACAUUAAGUGUUUUGUUAUGCAGGGUGUCCCAAAAAAAAACAGAAUUGCCUAGCACUAAGCUGAGCGCAAAGAUGCGUAAAAUAUUGUCUGGGUGAUUAAAUAUUGACUGCAUGAUUAAGAAAUUAAAAUAUCUUUGUGAAGCGCACGAUUUUCUGCUCUUGGAAAUUUAAAGCAGCUUCUUAAAUUCUAAAAUUCGUUUUGUCUAACAUAAAAAUAAUUAACGCUGCUGCGUAUUACAUAAAUCUCUCUUACAAACAUUCUUUUAAACAGUUUCUUUAUGCAUCAAAUUUUCUUAUAUCAAGCUUUAUUCACGUGUUGGUUCAGCAGAGUUCUCGCUGAGGCAUUCAAAUUCUAACAAUACGUUAUUUCAGUAGUUUUGCUUUUUUCGGGACACCCUGUAUAGUAAUAAUUGUUUUUGUUUGUGGAAACACCACGUAAAUUUAUUACUGCAAAGCUUUCGAUCCGUAAGCCCGGAUCUUCAUCAGUGCUAAUAAUAUGUAGCACUGAUGAAUAUGUAGCAUAUUAUUAGCACUGAUGAAGAUCCGGGCUUACGGAUCGAAAGCUUUGCAGUAAUAAAUUUACGUGGUGUUUCCACAAACAAAAACAAUUAUAUUUUAUCGCCAUGCAAACAUUCAAAGAACUUACCCUGUAUAGUGAUGAGGAAAAAUAAAAAGCAAUCACAAAACAAUUAUAUUUCCUCAAUAAAACUCUUUAAUGUAAAUUAUUUUAACAACAAAAUUUUUUUUCUUUCUGUGUUGGUGUAAUGUACUCAGGUGAAUAUGAUAUUUGUGGUGUUACUCUGAGUGUAUAUCCACACCGGGCGAGCUUGAAAAAUAUGCCCGGCCACGGUGGGAUUCGAACCUACGACCUUUGGAAUAAGUCCUGACCGCGUAGCUCAGUUGGAAGAGCAUUGGGCUAGUAUUCCAAAGGUCGUAGGUUCGAAUCCCACCGUGGCCGGGCAUAUUUUUCAAGCUCGCCCGGUGUGGAUAUACACUCUGAGUAACACCACAAAUAACAAAAAAAUGCUAAAAAGUGUUUCAGCAGUUACCUGUUGAGUGUUUUUCUUCGCUGUUAAGCCUGGUUCACAUUGAUCGGCGAUGUUCUACGAUCCAUUGUCUGUGAGCAACGAAGAAGAAAAUGCACAAAACAUUUUAUGCAUCAAUGACCACCGACAAUGGGCAUCGCCGUUGUUUACGAUGAAUGUGAACCAGGCUUUAGAUACUGCAUUCUUUUCGUAAACUGGGAAAGUGUUCUGUCUGAGCGGACAACAAUUUUUCACUUGCCGCCCCCGGCGGGAUACAUCGCAUUUAUUUCAAUCCACGUGACCACAACUCAGCCAAUCACGUUUAGUUUAAGCGCCAGCUAUGAUAACAAUGCAACCAACCAGCUCUUGUGAUGUCGUGGUGACCAUGCUUGCCUUUCAAGCUGGGAGACCCGCGGGUUCAAUCCUUAUAGUCGGACCUCUACUCAAGGUCUUCAAAAUAAUUGAGCAGAAAGUGCUACCUUUACAUUGGCGACUUUCGCGUCUUCUCAGAUAAGGACGUUAAAAUCGUAGGUACAUGGGAUUCCAUAUCAAUGGACCAUUUGCAUUAUAGUCUAAAUUUUGAUCUACACAAGUGUGGACAAAAAUUUCAUCACAGCUUGAAAGAGCAUCACAAAAUUAGUAAUAUUCCAAAGUUUCGUUGCGAAAUGUUGUAAAAUGCGGAUAAUAUAGCCUUGCGAAGUUUGCCGUUUUUCACUCAUUUUGUAUUACGCACGGGAAAUUGACAGCCCAAUCGGGUGUUGGGGCAUCAAUUUCCCGUUUGUAAUACAAAAUGACUGAAAACUGCAAAUUUCGCAUGGCUAUAUUAUCCGCAUUUUACAACAUUUCGCAACGAAACUUUCGAAUAUCACUAAUUUUGUGAUGCUCUUUCAAGCUGUGAUGAAAUUUUUAUCUAGACCAAAAUUUAGUCUAUAAUGCAAAUGGUCCAUUGGGCAAUAGCCUGUCCGUUCACCAAUGAAUGAGAUACUCGAUAAACAAAAUACUGAUUUAGUGCAGAUUUUCAUGCCUGUGAUUUAUUUCAGGUCAGAACAGGUUCCCCGGAUGUCGUUGUAAAGCGCAGUGUGUGACAAAGCAGUGCCCAUGCUUCCUGGCCGUGCGUGAGUGUGAUGCAGACCUCUGCCACACUUGUGGCGCGGAUAAUUUCUCCAGUGACACGAUGUGUUGUAAAAAUGUUGGCUUACAACGAGGCGACAGAAAGGUAACGAUGAUAUUUUUGCUUUUAUACAUGGGUUUUAUUUAUGGUUACGUGCAUGUAACGCACAUUUAUAGACACAGAAUAGUUUAGUUGCCAUGAAAGUAAUCCGUUCUAUCAGUUCUAAACUGUUCUCAUAGGGUCCAGUAAAAUCUAUCCCGUAUUGUUCCAGUGUUACUGGAACAAGGGAUAGGGAUUCCUUGGAUAGCUCCAUUAGUUGUAAACUGUUCUCCCUAGAGGUUCAGUAAGGAUCAUCUGUUAUUGAUCCAGUGUUACUACAGGACGAAUGCGAAACUAAACUAACUUUAUUUAUACUGGAUGGCUCCAUUAGUUGUAAACUGUUCUCCCAUCAUCUCUUAUUGGUCCAGUGUUACUACAGGAGGAAACCGAAACUAAACUUUACUUACACUGGAUAGCUCUAUCAGUUCUAAACUGUUCUCCUCCAGUCGUACUAAAAGAGGAAUCCAGAGUAUACGCGGCGAAAGAUUCAAAAUAGAAGUUGUUUCCGUCUUUUCGUUCCAGCAUAUGUAUUUUGCGCCGUCAGACGUUGCAGGUUGGGGAGUGUUUAGUAAAGACUCUUGUCAAAAGAACGAGUUGAUUGGCGAAUAUUGUGGAGAGGUUGGUCACAUUAAUUAUCACAAUUCCACGGAGGUUGCUGGAGUCGGUGUCAGUAUACUGUUGUCAACACUAACGUCACGCGAAAAUAGGCCUUUCCCCUUAUGAGUGAAAUUUUGAUCUAGAUAUGCUUGGACAAAAAUUUCAUCACAGCUUGAAAGAGCAUCACAAAAUUAGUAAUAUUCCGAAGUUUCUUUGCGAAAUGUUGUAAAAUGCGGAUAAUAUAGCGAGGGUGCCCGCUGACCAACGUAGCACUUUUCUUAAUUUUUGCCUGAAAUACAAGUACUGUGAGGACAAAUUUAAUGAAAAAAUGUAGUGCUCAGAAUGCAGGAAAUGGCAUUCAGGCCUUCAAAUUUCAAACAUUCUCCGGUGGAGAAUGCUCCAUAAUAGUAAUGCACCCCCUUCCCCCACCCCUCUGGAAAACCUCCACACCUCUAACAAAUGAGGCCAGAUCUGCCCGUGGACCUGCACGAUAGUGCUCAGUGAAACCCACCAAUAUCGAUGACUUGUGUCUAAACUAAACUCUUUCGGUUCAACUGUCAGUAACGCUGCAUAUCCCAAUUUCUCUAUCUUUAUUUUAAGAUGAUCUCCCAAGACGAAGCAGACAGACGUGGCAAAGUUUACGAUAAAUAUAUGUGCAGCUUUUUAUUCAAUCUCAAUAACGGUAAGAAAUUGAACCCUUUAAGCCUGGAUGUCAGGGUGCGAUAAUUCAAAACUUUUAGUCGUACCUGACUGGCACUCCAAUGACUAUUGCCGCGUACUUGAGCAGGUACAAACUUAAGACUCAAGGUGUACUUAGUCUUUAAAAUGAUGUACAUAAUGUACAGGUUUUUGAAAGGGAUUCAUUCAGUAACCUUAAACUACGAGUUCCAACAUUCGUUGGUCCAUGCAUCAGUCCCAAUUAUGUUUCAUGCCUAGACAUGCCAGACUUACACAUAUACUACAUAUAUAAGCCAAUUUGGAACAGGGCUCAAAAUAACGGAAGAUAGGUCUCCGGUCAAAAUGACCGAUCAACUUGAUUUUAGUUUAGUCAAAAUCUGUUUUUGACCUUCACUAUUAGAAACUUGUUUCGAUACAUCAUAGUUUCAUGUUUUAAUUCAAGACGUCAGCAAUCACAUUGGAAGGCAUGAAAAUGUGGCCUGUCAAAAUGACCAACGACGUAAAAAAGUGACCACUCAAGAGGCAUUUUUGUGCCAUAAGUACCGUAUGGAAUUUAUCGCGCCCUGCAAAGCACCGUUGUACACCCCUGCUAUGUUUUUUUUUUACAAUCAGAGUUGACAUGAUUUAUUUUCUUAUUUAACAGAUCACGUGGUUGACGCGACCAGGAAAGGCAACAAGAUGCGUUUUGCAAAUCAUUCUAUCAAUCCAAACUGUUACGCCAAAGGUAUUGUUCUAGACUCAGUUCCGAAAUAUCAUCAACUCGAAAUAUCAUCAUCUUUUUCCCCCUUAAACAGCUUGAUUACAGAAGAUAAAUAGUUAAUAAGUAAUAGAACGAAUUAAGUCGUGCUAUUAAUGCCAUAAUCAUACUCGUGAUUAACAAAUCAACCUCCCGCUACGCGGUCGGUUGAUUUUGUAAUCACUCGUAUGAUUAUGGCAUUAAUAGCACUCCUAUUCGUUCUAUUACCAUCAUUAAUUGUACUGCAGUAUAAUUAAUGAUUUUCCCAAAACAAACAAAAUGGCGGAAAGGUAUUUUAAAUACAAAGGUGAAAUGAAAUGAAAUUGCCCAAGAGGAACUAGAUGAAAAUACGAACAAAAGCACCAAAUUUUGCUUUGACAAAAGAACUAAAUGAAAAUACGAACAAAAGCACCAAAUUUUGGUUGAAAGUAUGGCAGGACUGGGCUUUGGCGAGAGAAUAUGAUGUUGACAUUGAGAAGUAUGCAUUUUUGUCAUGCUAAUAAUAAACAAGUAAUCAUGCAAUGUUGCUCGUACAAUUAGGGAUUAAUAGUACUCGUGAUGUUUGGAAAUUUGCCAAAUUGGACUCGCCCCGGCGGCACGUCCAAUUUUGGCAAAAUUACCAAACAUCACUCGUACUAUUAAUCCCUAAUUGUACUCGCCAUCGCAUGAUUACCUAUACAAAUAGAAUACAUGAUAGUGUUGGAAAAGCAUUAAGAACAGCUAACCAAGAUCGCGUGACUGCAAACUCUCAUGUACUCCCAUCCUCGUGUGAUCCAGCAUUUUCUGUUCAAUAUAGCAUGUAUUCCAAUUGACGUCACAAGUGUAGUUUGUCCGAAUAUUCCCACAAUUCUUGCUUGUCAAAAUAUAUUUACCGCCUACUUGAUACUAAGUUAUUGUAAAUAGGACAAGAGCCCCUUGAUGAGCUGAAAGCUCUUGGGCAAUUGUAAUAUUUCAAAUAUUAAAAUAUGUUUAUUUAGAAGAAAAAAAUUCUUGCGGGCUUAACAAAUGAAUAUAGUUCGUUUGCAUUCAUUUGAAAGUCUAUAUUUCAGUUUGUGUGUCCGAAUGAAUUAAUCACAUAUAUAACAAGCUACCCCAGCAACACACAUACAUAGAAAUGCAGUUCUUACAAGAUCAAGAAAGACACGACUUGCAGUUAGCAGUACACAUGUAACACACAGAAUUAGUAAAUAACGUAACCUUGGCUCACCAUCUGAGGCCUUAUAGCUAAAUGGUUAGAGCGUCUGUCCGGUUAUCAGAAGGUUACGUGGUUCGAUUCUCGUUAGGGCCAUAGAUAUCUUAUAUACACUAAAUAGUGCAUCUAAUUAUAUUCUGCAAUUGAAAAAUUGAAGCCGUGAUUGCAGACUCAGGAUAUUCCCAUGAAAUGAGAAGAUUCGUAUAUUUUCUAUUUCUUAAACAAGGAAUUUAAACAUUAAGUUAAACCUAUUCCAAAUACAUUUUUAAACUAUUCAAAUGAUGAAAGUUGUUGUUGUUUUUUAAGCGUUUAUUAGUGGGAAAUACCAACAUGGCCGCCAUCUAUUCAAAUUGGGGUAACCGCUGGAAUAUUCUUGGCUUCAAUUUUACUAAAAGAGAUGCGCUAUCUACUGUAGUGUAUAUAAGAUAUCUAUGGAUAGGGCUCAGAACUUUUCUGAGUAUAAGGCAUUAUACGCACCCACACCAAAUAAGUUUGUGCUAUAAAUAACAACCUUAAUCUACGCUAUUUCCGGUCAUCAUCAUAAUAAUCAGACAACGGCAUAUAUUGCGGAAAUCGAACCUCGGUCGCAGAGGUGUAAGUCACAUGCACUAACCACUGUCGCAACCCCACCCUCCACCUCACCCCCACCACACCCUCCCCCCACCACACAUUCGCCCUACCCACCCCAGGCACCCACCUUAUACAUCUCUAUAUUCUGUAUGGUCCUACAGAAUCGAACCCAUAGAUCCCAGGCCGGAUUUCCAUCAUAGAUAUCUUAUAUACACUAGAUAGUGCAUCUAAUUAUUCUGCAAUUCAAAAAUUGAAGCCGUGAUUGCAGACUCAGGAUAUUCCCAUGAAAUGAGAAGAUUCGUAUGUUUUCUAUUUCUUAAACAGGGAAUUUAAACAUUAAGUUAAACCUAUUCCAAAUACAUUUUUAAACUAUUCAAACUAUUCAAAUGUUGAUGCCGCCAUCCAUUCAAAUGGGGGUAACCGCUGGAAUAUUCUUGGCUUCAAUUUUACUAAAAGAGAUGCGCUAUCUAGUAUAUACAGCUAUUUCAAUAAGGUGGUCCCCCGAGCAAAGCGGAAAAGUCGAAUACGAGCGCGAAAGGCUGCUGGGAAUCGCUAAUAGAUUCAUUAAUUUCUUAGCGAUUCCCAGCAGCCUUUCGCGCUCGUAUUCGACUUUUCCGCUUUGCUCGGGGGACAACCUUAAUUGAAAUAGCUGUAUAAGAUAUCUAUGGUUAGGGCUCAGAACUUUUCUGAGUAUAAGGCUUGCAUGAUACGCACCCACACAAAAUACAGUAAGUUUGUGCUAUAAAUAACAACCUUAAUGGUGAUGUAAAGUCCGUAAUGUAAACAAACGCUUUGUUUACAUUUUGAACUCAGUGCUACAGUUGUAAAAUAUGAUUAGAUAUAUAUUAUACUGAUUUUUUAACACUCUUCCGGUUCGCUAUGCUUGUAAAUGAAUGCAGACUAGAGAUUCAAUUCAAGAAAGUUCGGAAGGUGCGAAAUAUUAACAACAUUCCCAAGGUUGCUCCCCCACUGAUGGAAUGUGUUGAUGCGCAGAAUAUAUGCGCAGAACGGACUUUACAGCAUCUUUAAUCUACGCUAUUUCCGGUCAUCAUCAUAAUCAGACAACGGCAUAUUGCGGAAAUCGAACCUCGGUCGCAAAGGUGAAAGUCGCAUGCACUAACCACUGUCGCACCCCACCCUCCUUCAGCCUCCACCCCACCCUCCAGCACAACCUCCCCACACCCUUCCCCCACCACACAUCCCCCCACCACACAUUCCCCACCUUACAUCUCUAUAUUCUCUUUUAUAUAUGCAAAUAUUUCUAUUCCCACAGUAAUGAUGGUGAAUGGAGAUCAUCGUAUAGGAAUAUUUGCAAAAAGAUACAUUGAAGCUGGAGAUGAACUCUUCUUUGACUACAGGUAAUGUGUGAUCACCUAUUUAAGUUUGUACUAGCUUCAAUAAAUUCAAAAGUCGUUUGGAGACUUUUUGUAGCUGGGAAUUUUGGCCGACUUAGGCAUUAUCAUCAGUAUACCAGGCCAAAUGGCAAACCGCAUUCUGGCUUUUUUCCAGGAAACAUUUUCUAAAUUUCUAAGAAAUUAUUUUAAGUAAGUGUCUUUGGUGAGAAUAAAGGUGACUGAGAGAAUAAUUUUGCAAAUAUAUGGAAUACGUUUUGACAACAUGUGUGGUCAUAUUUUUGUUUGUGGCUUCAUCAAUUGGUGAUCAGCUAAAUUAUCAGCUAAAACUGUUGCAUGCAACCUAUACUUACAACUUGAGUUGUAGGCCUACUGUGUAAAUCAAGCACACAACUCACGUACGACAAAGUAGGCGAGUUGUGUACUUGAUUCACACAGUACAACUCAGUUGUAAGCAGGUUGCAUGCAUAGACAUCUUAUAUACACUAGAUAGUGCAUCUAAUUAUUCUGCAAUUCAAAAAUUGAAGCCGUGAUUGCAGACUCAGGAUAUUCCCAUGAAAUGAGAUGACUCGUAUGUUUUCUAUUUCUUAAACAGGGAACUUAAACAUUAAGUUAAACCUAUUCCAAAUACAUUUUCAAACUAUUCAAAUGAUGAAAGUUAUUGUUGUUUUUUAAGCGUUUAUUAGCGAGUGGGAAACUCCAACAUGGCCGCCAUCUAUUCAAAUGGGGGUAACCGCUGGAAUAUUCUUGGCUUCAAUUUUACUAAAAGAGAUGCGCUAUCUAGUUAUAUAAGAUAUCUAUGGUUGCAUGCGACAGUUAUAGGCAAAAGUUGUGUAGUGUAAAUUGGCCUUGAGCUUGUUUACUGUAGUAUAAGAAUGGACGUAGUUCUUGUUGAAACGAAAUGCGUCAUUAAAAGACGCCAACACGUCAGGAUUUGAUGAUGAAUCGUUCAUCCUACUGUAUAUUCGCAGCAGGGACGAAACUUGAGGGGGGUAUGGGGGGUCUGACACCCCCCACCCCAAAGUACGAAUCAUCUGGAUUGGCAGGGCGAAUCAUCUGGAUUGGCAGGGCAAUCAAAGAUUUUAAAUGAUACUAGAAUGUAGAGUUAUUAAGUAACUUGCAGGGCUUGCAGAGGGAAUUGAAUAGAAUUUAUAGACCUACAUUUUACAGAUAUUGGUCCAGAAAUAAGGGUUUCACGCAUGUUUUAACAGGAAUUUGUACGGAAAAACUUUUUUGCCCCUUAAUUUAACUGCCUGUUUUUGGAGUUUAGUUGGCAGUCAAAAAUCACUUCUGUAUGUUUGUUCUAGUUAUUCUUUUGCCAGUUAAACGUUUUAAAUUCAAUGAAAACUACAGAUUUAGAAGUGCAUGUAAAGUAAUGUUUGAAAGAAAUUAGCCUGCGGUAAACUUCGGCUGCCGGCUUAUAUUUUGAUAUGCCCUUGUAUGCCCUCCAGAAGUCACGGUGUUACACCAUGGCUUUUGGAGACUGGUGCCUUAUUUACUCCAGGUUUAGAUCGUAGCGAGCUCCACUCCCUACAGAAUUCUUAAUAAAUUCUUAAAUUCAAAGCAUAUUUAGAGAUAGCCCUUCAGACUUUGGUACCUCAGACUUUUGGCAACUAGACUCUGCAGCUUAGUGGUUACAGCGAUGUACCAGAAUCGCAGCUUCGAUUCCUGUUGGAGGGCCUAUAUUUUUCGCAACUUCUCCGAGUUAAGUCUAAAAUAUUUUGCUUGAAAUAAGGGACUGACCAUAAAGUAACUGCUAGGGUGGGCUGGAGUGAUUUGGGAUGGGCCAUGGAAAAUCUUUGGGCAGUUUCGAUGGGCUGCCAAUUUUUUUGGAUGUCCACGGUUGGGCCACCAAACUUUUACCCAUGCAUGUCUACUGUACUUCAAAAAAUAAAGAUAUUAAUAAUAAAAGUAAACAAAACUAUCCAAAUUAUCAAAUGCAAAUGGUGCUAUUGAAGCCAGUACUUUGUUUAUACAACAAAAAGAAGUGGUCGAAUAUCAGCAAAUACAACCAACUGGAGAGCAGCUCAUCAUCGUAAUUGGUGAUGAAUGUGUUGGUCAAGCUUGGUGGAAUUAUGUAUGUCAAUACAGUGCCGGUGUAUAUUUACAAUGUUUAUACCUGCAAGUUUUUUUUAUUAUAAAAAUGUAUUUUCCCAAUUUAGAUUGGGUGGGUCAUGAAAAUGUUUUUGUAAGAUUAGAUGGGCUUUGAAAUUUUUAUCUACAUCCUAAGAUGGGUGACCAAACUUAUUGGCAAAAUUUUUUAUUUACCUCCAGCCCACCCUAGCAGUUACUUUGUGACCAGUCCCUAAGCACUUGGACAUAAAAUUUGAGAUCAUUCGUCCAAAGUUAAUCCAAGUACACUGACAAAACAAACUUCAUCACCCCUCCCCCCAGCCUAAUGCCCGCCAAGUGCGACCCCCGAAACUGGGCUCAAGAUUGAGUCGGGGGAGUGGGGAGGAGCAACAUGAUUUUACACACCCUCUGAUUCCCAGGACUUCUCGGAACGAGGACAGGACUUAACAUCAGGAGUAUUACAAAUUUAGUAUGUAGGGAAAGGUAUAGUCUUGACCAGUCAUGUUGUUGUUUUUCCUUCAUCAGAUACAGCGCAAUGGAUGCUCUGAAGUUUGUCAGUAUUGAACGAGAUGUGGACGUUGCAUUACGAUAAGAGAACAUUCCGUAUCCUUUUAACAGCUUUUUGUACACAUACAAUUGCACAUAGACCAGUUUGUAGUAUAAACCGAUAGAACUCAAGACUUGCUACAAGCAUAUAGACAAUCUAAAAGACAAUCCAAAUGUCUUUUGGAUUGUCUAUGCUACAAGUCGACUCGUAUCGUAACGCAUUGUCACUUGUGUCGAGCUGUAGCAAGUCUAUAUAUCAAGGAAUCUGUACGCAUCCUCUCGAUAUAUACACAUAAAGCACUUUGUUUUUAGUAUAAGCCGUUGAUACCAAUGAUAAUAGGUAUCGGAGCAUUGAUAUAGAAAUUAGUAAAUACCACCAUAGUUAAUACCUUGUGUUCGUAUCUUCCACUAGUAUUUUUUAUCCUCAUACGCAUAGACGCUGUUUUGUAGUAUAAACCAUUUUAUAGCAGUCACAAAAUGGGGACUACAAAUUGCCAGAUACGUCGUAUAUUCAAUACAUGUCAUUGGUAAUCUUGCACUAGUUUUAUAUCUAUAUACUUGCACACAUUUAUAUAGACUUGUUAAACCCCGUUUACACUACGCUUAAUUUUUGGUACCGUACCACUUUUUGGUUCUUGGACUACCUAAAUAGGUAGUCCAAGAACCAAAAAAGUGGUACGGGUACCAAUAUUAUCCGUGCCGUACCAAAAAUUGAGCGUAGUGUAAACGGGGCUCAAGCCUGAGGCGAAUAAUUGUUUUAGUAUUUUUACACAAGCUUUUGUAUUUUUUGAGACUGAAUUUAUUUUAAUUUCGCUUAUUUCUUUGUCAAUAAACUUCCACAAAACGGGUAGCCGCCAUUUUGAAAAUUUCUGUUUUGUUAUAUUCACCUGUAUAGGUGAAUAUAACAGCUUACUACGUCAAAUUUGACCAAUCAACGUGGAGGAUUUGUUAUGUUCACUUGUGUAAACUACUAAUUAACAAUUAUUCGCCGAAGGCGAGGCCGGUGAUUAUCGGGGACUGAUUCGCCGAGACGAAGUCGAGGUAAAUACCCCCCGAUAAUCUCCGAGUCUGAGGCGAAUAAUUGUUUUAGUAUUUUUUACACAAGUCUUUUGUGUUUUUUGGGACUGAACUUAUUUUAAUUUCGCUUAUUUCUUUAUCAGUAACGUCCACAAAACGGCUUGGCCACCAUUUUGAAAAUUUCGGUUUUGUUAUAUUCACCUGUAGGUGAAUAUAUUAACAG